AGGGCUCCGCCGCCGCGCGCGUCGCGUGGGAGCCCCACGCGGCGCUGGGGCCCGCGCGGCGCGGCGAUGGCCCUGGCAAUCCACGGCGUGAAGGCCGUGGAUUGCGCCGCUCGCGUCGCCGAGCGCGAGCUGGACGUGGUGGAGAUCAUGUCGGGGAGCGAGAACAUGACGUUCAUGGCAGGGGUCAUGGGCCUCCACGCCACAGGCUUCGACGUCGGCAAACGCUCGACGGAGGACAUAUUGCAGGUGAAAGGGUGGCACAUUGCCGUCUGGUACGUGCUGAGCCUGAAGGAGAAUGGCCUCCUGUGGAUUAGCCUCGACACGUGGAGGACUGACGACCACUCCGAUUCCGAGCCCUGGGUGAAGCCGACGCCAGAGCAGG